AUGGCAAAUGAUUUAGUAAAAAAUAUAAAUAAACCUGGAGAAAUAAUCGCGGUAGAUGAAUCUAUGAUACCUUUUCGAGGCAGACUCAAAUUUCGGCAGUAUAUCCCAAAUAAAACACAUAAAUAUGGCGUAAAAUUUUUCAAAAAAAAUAGACGUUUUUUACCAAAAACAGUGAUUGAAAAAAAAUUGAAAAAAGGGGAAUUUGUUGGUCUGGAAAAUAAUUCUGGUAUUGUAGUAUCUAAAUUUAAAGAUAAACGUGACAUUCACUUACUUUCAACGCGACAUCAAUUAAAUAUGACAAACACAGGGAAGAAAAAUAGGAAUCAAGAAGAUAUAUUAAAACCAGAUAUCAUAUUAUUCUAUAAUGCUGGAAAAGCAGGAAUAGAUUUAUCGGAUCAGUUAGCGUCGUACUGCACUCCUAUGAGAAAGAGUGUUCGGUGGUAUCACAAGGUAGCAACUGAGAUAAUUUUAAAUACAUUUGUAGUAAAUGCUCAAAUUAUGUAUAAUGAACAAAAUUUUCGAAAUAAACUCACUAUACAUAAAUUUCGUGAAGUGCUUGUAGAUAAACUCCUUGAAUUAAAACCUACAUCUUUACGUGUUUCAAAUUCUGAACAACCUCUUGAAAAUAGAUUUCAAAGACGACAAAUAAUAAAACAUAAACUCGAAGAGACAGAAGAAAAAUGUUCAAGAAACAGAAAAAAAAGAAAAAGGUGUAUUGAAUGCUAUACAAAAUUUUCGAAUGAACUAGGAUACAAGGAAGCUUUGAACAAGGCUAAGAAAGUAACAACCUUUUGCAGUCUUUGCCCAUCGAAACCAUCGGUUUGCAUACAAUUUUAUGCUCAAAUAUUCCGUAUUGUAAAGACUUCGCUUGACAACAAACCACUUAAGUAUGAUCUUGAUAACAUAAGUAACUAUAGAGUGUGUGAUACUAAUAAAUUUCACCUGAACGUGGCAAAAUCAUUACUUUUUCAUGAGACGCUUGCCUGA